CAUAUUUAUCUCUAUCCACCAGCAUCUCAUAUCAUCACCAUGUCCGCACCAAGACCCGGUCCGCAGCCAGCCAAGCUUCAAUCCAAACAGCAACAGCACCUCGACACCCUGCAGAAUCUAAUAAACACCAUUCUCAUCGAAACCGGCAAAGCCCUGCGCUCCGCCAACAUGAAGGGCGCCAAGACCAUCUCCCACGACAACGAUAGGCUGCAGAUGUACAUGCCCAAGGCGAUCACAAGCUUCCAUGGCGCGCUAGAUGAGCUAGAGAGUGAUAUUGUCAGGGCUAAGGCGGUUAUUGCGAGGGACUUGAGGGAGGUGAGGAGGAGGGAGGAGGAGUUGAGGAAUCCGGUUGCGAAACCGAAUGAGGGUGUGGCGGUUGAUAUGGGGAUGGAGACGGUUGAUGAUGCACAGCCUGGGAUGGCUACGCGUGAUGGGGGGCUUUUGGAGCAACCGGCACAUAUUAAGAUGGAAGAGGCGCCCGACGCCUUGGGACAAGGGGGCGACCAGCUAGUGAAGCCCGAGCCGUCGGGUACCGCUGUGCAGGCGGGCGACCUGACAAAGCAGGAGGCAUUGGAUACUUUGGACCUGUUUGAGGAGCAACCAAAAGAAGAUCUUGUGCAAACCUCUGAAAAGCCACAGGACGAGGUCAAACAAAGCAUCGAACAACCAGAAGCAUCAGCCGCAGACGUCCAGCAAGUUGAUAAGCUUCAAGAUGCCCCGACUAAAGAGCUGGGACCACUGGACACGCUUGAUACCAAUGACGACAUGCCUUACGAGUCCCUAUUCGGCCCGAAGAGCGCACACGACGACCACCCUGAUCUCAACUUUGACGACUUUGAUUUCGGUACGGAUAAUGCUGCGGGAGGAGAGAAUCAAGACCAAGAAUACAGUAUGGCAAACGACGGCCACAUAGACCUAUCGACCUUCGGGGAAGCCUGCGACCAACCCUUCGGCAAUGAUGAUGGGAGCUCGAUGCUACAAGGCCUAGAGAGCUACGCCAACCAGGUGCCCGAGGAGGGCGCGGACAUCAACAUGCUCGAUACAGCAAAUAGCGGUGGGAACGCAGGCGGAGACGGUGAAAUCAUUAACCUAGAUGGGGAAGAUGGUGUCGGGAUGAGCGGCGCGGAUCUCGAUCUGGCUAUGGGGAUAGGCGGGAACGAGACGAAUUUCGACGAUCUACUCGACAGCUUGGAUUUCGAAGGUGGCGACGAAACGACGGGGCUGGAGAACCAGAAGUUCGACGAUGCGUACUUCGGUAUUGGGGAUAGCUGAGUGGUGCCCACGUGGCGUGCAAUUAAUCAAAUCCAACGCUUACCGCCUCAAUCCUCUCGUGCAUUAUUUUCCAGGCAAAGGAUUAUUUCACGUAGAUCUUUGUGGAGUUGGCGGACCAGGUGUCGACGAUUAGGUCGGCGGGGCCACAGGUGGAGACGUCGAUGAACUGCCAGUCGAGGUAGAUGGGGACGCCGGGUUGGUCCUCGGCGAUGUUGGUGCGGAGGAGCUCUUGCGCGAUGAAGUAGGGGCCCGUGGCGCCUUUGGGGGUGAGGAUGCAGGGCGAGGUGGUGC